GUAACGUAACCAAGCAAUCAACCAGGGUAACAAGAUAACGCGAUGAUUGUAUUGACACGAAAACACGUCGGUUAUAAAAGCAUACACUUGUGUCAAUGUGGAGUCAGUAAAAUCUUUACAAAACAUUAACAAUUAUGGUGCAAAGUUGGAUUGUCGCUGUUCUUUUACCAGCAGCAGUGUUCGCCACGAUUUGCACGGACCAACCAGACGGCGCGUACGAGAUCAGCUGCAAGGCGUACACAUCGUGCACGAACGGGAAGGGCACCAUCAUCAACUGUGAGAGAGACCUCGUCUUCAACAACAACACGGGCAAAUGUGACGUCCCGAAAAACGUUGGCCCUCCUUGUGGACAGCUGGUCAGCUGCGAGGGGAAAGCAGACGACCGAUACGCCGACCUCAACAACAACUGCCGCUCCUACUACACAUGCUACGGCGGCGUCUUUUACGGGCACAGCAUCUGCCCAGCAGGUCUCGUGUUCAAUGAACGACUGGAGGUAUGUGACAGACCGUCGGACGUCCCCCCGCCAUGUGGAUACCGGACCUCCACCACAGCUUACCCAUAACACUGUGCACGUCAUGGAAUGCAGAUUAAAAAAAAUGUUUUAUUGAUAUGUUUAAUAUUCUCUCAUAAGGAAUAAAAAUCAUCAGCCUUGGCA